CCCGGCAGCCGGCAGGCAGCCGCAGGUGGGGCUGCUCACAGCUAAGAACCUAGCCCCGGAGCCCCGGAGCCCCGCGCCGGGAGUGUCCAGGAUGCCCCGCGGGGACUCGGAGCAGGUGCGCUACUGCGCGCGCCUCUCCUACCUCUGGCUCAAGUUCUCACUCACCAUCUACUCCACAGUGUUUUGGCUGAUUGGGGCCCUGGUCCUAUCAGUGGGGAUCUACGCAGAGGUCGAGCGGCAGAAAUACAAAACCCUCGAAAGUGCCUUUCUGGCCCCAGCCAUCAUCCUCAUCCUCCUGGGGGUCAUCAUGUUCAUCGUCUCUUUCAUUGGUGUGCUGGCUUCCCUCCGUGACAACCUGUGCCUUCUCCAGUCGUUUAUGUACAUCCUUGGGAUUUGCCUCAUAAUUGAGCUUAUUGGUGGCGUGGUGGCCUUGAUCUUCCGGAACCAGACCAUCGACUUUCUGAAUGACAACAUUCGAAGAGGAAUUGAGAACUACUAUGACGAUCUGGACUUCAAAAACAUCAUGGACUUUGUUCAGAAGGAGUUCAAGUGCUGUGGCGGUGAAGACUACCGAGACUGGAGCAAAAACCAGUACCACGACUGCAGCGCCCCCGGGCCCCUGGCCUGUGGUGUGCCCUACACCUGCUGCUUCAGGAACACGACAGAAGUUGUCAACACCAUGUGUGGCUACAAAACUAUUGACAAGGAGCGCCUCAGCGUGCAGGACGUCAUCUAUGUGCGGGGCUGCACAAACGCUGUGCUCAUCUGGUUCAUGGACAACUACACCAUCAUGGCCGGCCUCCUCCUGGGCAUUCUACUCCCCCAGUUCCUGGGGGUGCUGCUGACGUUCCUGUACAUCACCCGGGUGGAGGACAUCAUCAUGGAGCACUCUGUCACCGACGGGCUCCUGGGGCCUGGCGCUAAGCCCAGCGUGGAGGCAGCAGGCACAGGGUGCUGCAUGUGCUACCCCAAUUAGGGCGUGGCUGGGCAGCGGCCCCAUCAGGACCACGCCGGGCACCCGCAAGGCCAGCGUGAAGGCUGGAAAGGACCGUGGCGCUGACCCGACUCAGGCCUCCUGGGCCACUGCGUCUCAGGGGCGGACCCCAGGCCCUCCGGCCGGGACUCUGCCAGCCCAGGCUGCUGGGUGGGGGCCACGAGGGCGUCCCUUCUCCAGGCCGGGCCGCCGGGGAGGGGAGCUCAGUGCCCGGCCUGGCGGGUUCACUCCUGACAGUGUCUUGGCUGGUGGUGGUGCCUCCCCAGGAGGGCAGUCUUGUAGUGAUUUGUAAGCAGGGAGGGAGCAUGUGCCCUGUGCUGACAGAGGGGAGGAGAGGGUGCCGCCCGGCCCCCAGUCUCUGGGCCACGCCCUGGAGGCCAGGUUGGGCCCAUUUCCUAGCCUUCCAGGUGCCUUGAGCCCUUCCCAAGGGCUGCAGCUUUGCUGACCCUGUUUUUUAUGUGAUUUUUGUAACAUUCAUUUUGUACACAGUUAACAGGAGUUUCUGACUAAUCACAGCUGGUGUUUCCCACGCGCACCACUCUUGCGCCUCCCAGCCAGUUUAAUUAAACAAUAAAGACAUGAUGGUUUUUUUA